CAACGUGUGUGACGUUUUACGUAAUUGAGUGCCAUUAUUUAGCCGUUUUUACAAAGAUGUUUUUAAAGGGGUUAAUACUUUUGGCGACAGUCGCUUGUGCACAUAGCCGUGUGCUCACAUAUUUCCGACCGACAAAACACGUGGACUUGCAACCAUCGGGCACUUUUCUACAUGCAGAGCCUCAUCUAGGAUUCGAACAUCACCACAUAUCCGAAGACGAACCCGUCGACUACUAUGCCUACCCGAAAUACGAAUUCAAAUACGGAGUCAACGAUUUUCACACAGGUGACAUUAAGACCCACUACGAAACUCGAGACGGAGACGUUGUCAAAGGUCAAUACACAGUGGUCGAGCCCGACGGUUCGAUUCGCACCGUGGACUACACCGCCGACAAAUACAACGGAUUCAAUGCGAUCGUGCACAAGACCGCUCCCAUAUCACCUCACGAGGCUUAUUCCAAUAUGUGCCGGUUACAGUGUUUGUUUUUUGUGGCUUUAGUUGGAAUCGUUCAAUCUAAGCCACAACAAGGAGUGUUGAAUCCCGAGUUACCGAAUGGAGUUAAAUAUUACAACUCACCGAAGUAUGCUUUCAACUAUGGCGUCGCUGACCCUAAUACUGGUGACGUGAAAUCACAACAUGAAACCAGAGAUGGAGAUGUUGUUAAAGGUCAAUACUCUCUUGUAGAACCAGACGGUUCUGUUCGCACGGUCGACUAUACCGCUGACUCACUCCACGGCUUCAAUGCUGUGGUUUCCAAAAGCGGCCCGAAUGUGCAUGCAACACCUGCUCGAGUUGCACCACCCGCUCAAGUGGCACCUCCCGCUCCAAUUGCACCUGCAGUCUUACCCUCACCACUACCUAAAGUACAACCCACCGUACAACCUACCAUACAACCGGCAGUGCAGUAUGUGCCCAAGCCUGUACCCGUACCAGUAGAGGUCCCGAGGAACGUUCAGCCAGUGUACCCAACACAGGUGUACCCUCAACAAACGUUCCCGCAACAGGUGUACCCUCAGCAAGCUUACCCUCAGCAAGCUUACCCUCAGCAAGCUUACCCACAGCAAGUGUACAACGACCAAGCCUUCCCACAGGUUUAUCCUUCACCAGGACCACUUAGCAAACUGUAUGAGCGUCUGCUGUACAAACGUCUCACAGACUUCGUCUCAUCCAGGGGUAUUCUCAUCGAUGAAUGA